CCAAGAUGGCGGCGCCCUUGGGGAAGGAAAAGUGGGAUAACAAGCCGGACAAACUUGAUGAGAAUGGCGAGUCUUCUAUGCAUGAUGGAGUCAAUAAUUAUGUGUGUAUAGACUGUGGUAAAGAAGCAUUGGAGUUGUACAAGAUUUACAGUGGAGGGAUGAUCAAAAUCGCCCAUUGUGGCUACUGUCAAGGUGUUGUGGAUAAGUACGUAGAGUUUGAUCCAGUGAUAAUUGUGCUGGAUGCCUUGCUGUACAAGCCACAGGCUUACAGGCACAUCCUCUUCAACACCAACAGUAACAUUCAUUGGAAGCUGAGCAUCUUAAGCUUGCUCUGCGAUGCUUAUACCAAGUGGGCUCUUCGCUCAGACACUGGCUCCUCCGCUACUCAUCCCUCAAAUAGACAUUUCCUCUUCUUUGCACUACAUUGGCAUUUCUAUGCAAUGUUUCUGGUGGCUGGUCUCGAGCUUACUGCUUUCCUGUGUGGCGUCAUUAUACCAAAUCUACUGUACACAAAAAUCACAAAAGCCAAAUAUGUGAGUCAUUCUCAGCUCUUACGUGCGCUCCUACUGUGCUGUGUAGGGAAGCUGUUCAUUGUUCCAGCGGUCAUCUGGGGUCAGACUGACAUCAUGACCUGCCUGUGGAUGACGCACUUGUUUAUCUUCACUGCAGCUGUACAAGCCUUUAGAGUGAUGCUGAAAGCAACCACAGUGCAGGCAAGCAGUCUGGUUUUAAUGGGAUUCACAGCACAGUAUCUAUCAACAUAUCUCUCACAGUAUUUGGAAUGGGGUUUGACACAAAAUCUACCAUCGUGACCCACGACAUAAAGUUUAAUUUUGUACAUUUUGAAGGAUUUUCAGCUUUUUCUGACAUGAUAUUAUUUUAGCAAACAUAGGCUGUAGCAUGCAAUGAGUCUAGGUUGGAAUUUUACCAAAAAUCCCCCAUGAGGGUUGGAGCUCUGAGAAAACAGAGCUUUGUGGCAGCGUCGUGUGUGCAGCCAUAUAAACUAAGCACUCCUGAAAAACAGAGGGCUUUUUUUGUUAACACAUGCAGUGCUGUGCAUGAAGUAGCACUGCUAUAGGCCAUCUGCACAUGCCAUACUAAAAUACACCACAGUGCAUCUUGAAUAGUUACAAAUUAAAUCAAGCUGCCAAUAUUAUGUUAGUUUAACUAUGCUAGGUUUCAUAAUUGUUACUGCGCCAUGAUGGUUGCUGGUGUUGCUCAAACUAGGAUUUUACCCAAUAAUGCACAUUGGGACGUUAGUAUGGGUUGUUUAGAACUUCACCCACGAGUACCCGGUACCAUUUUGAAUACUAUUCAGUGAGUAGGAGGAGUAAGAAAGUUACGGAGUUCAAAACCUUUUAUGAGUAUAAUAUAUCACCAGGAGAAGGAGUACUGAAAAAGGUACUGGAGUCAUUCUUAUUAAUAGUACUUGGCACUAAUGAUGUCACUUUUGCAAAAAAAAAACUGGAUGGCGGACAAAUAACGUGAUCACUGCAUCAGUUUGCCAGACUGCAGUUAGUAGUACAGUAGGGUCAGUACAUGCAAGUAAACAUAAAGCUUUGACACGCCACUAGAGUGAACGUGAAUUCUGACAUGUUGUCUGUAAUAUACGUGUACUGAGCUUCUGUUUUUAGCAUUAGUGCAGAGUGCUAUUCAAGUUCAAGUACAGACAAAAGGAGACAGGUACAAGUACUAUGACUCUGUUAUGAAGCAAGUUCAUAGUAGGUAUAUGAACCUGAACUGAAAUAAUUGUUACCGUUUUUAAACAAUAAAAAAGCACUCUGGUGCAUGGUACCCUGAAAGGCAAGGUCAUGUGUUAGUAAUGACCCUGAAAGGCAAGGUCGUCAUGUGUUAGUAAUGACCCUGAAAGG